GCUCCCCGGGUUCCGUCCUUGCCUUGCGCUCGCGCUCGUUCCCAGGGUUCCGGGCCCGGUUUGCUCGGCGGCGGCCGCGCGUGCGCUGCCCAGCCCGCUCCCCGCCCCCAGGCGCGCGAGAUUCCGGGGCAACACAGCCAUGUGCUCGUUAGCGUCGGGCUCUGCGGGCGGCCGGGGCGCUGUGGAGGACGAGGACGACCUGCCAGAGCUGUCCGACAGCGGUGACGAGGCCGCCUGGGAGGACGAGGACGAUGCUGAGCUCCCCCACGACAAGCAGCAGACCCCCUGCCUGUUCUGUGACAGGUUAUUUACAUCUGCUGAAGAAACGUUUUCACACUGUAAGUCUGAGCAUCAAUUUAAUAUUGAUAACAUGGUCCAUAAACAUGGACUUGAAUUUUAUGGAUACAUUAAACUAAUAAAUUUUAUUAGACUUAAGAAUCCUACAGUUGAGUAUAUGAAUUCCAUAUACAACCCAGUGCCUUGGGAGAAAGAAGAGUAUUUGAAGCCAGUAUUAGAAGAUGACCUAUUACUUCAAUUUGAUGUGGAAGAUCUUUAUGAACCAGUGUCAGUGCCAUUCUCAUACCCCAAUGGACUCAGUGAAAACACAUCUGUUGUUGAGAAGUUGAAACAUAUGGAAGCCAGGGCACUGUCUGCUGAAGCUGCAUUAGCUAGAGUGCGUGAGGAUCUGCAAAGAAUGAAACAAUUUGCUCAGGAUUUUGUGAUGAACGCAGAUGUCAGAACCUGCUCGUCAUCUGCCAUUGCAGACCUCCAGGAAGAUGAGGAUGGUGUUUAUUUCAGCUCAUACGGGCAUUAUGGGAUACAUGAAGAAAUGCUGAAGGACAAAGUACGAACAGAAAGUUACCGAGAUUUUAUAUACCAAAAUCCACAUAUCUUCAAAGACAAGGUAGUUCUGGAUGUUGGUUGUGGAACUGGAAUUCUCUCUAUGUUUGCAGCUAAAGCUGGGGCAAAGAAGGUUCUUGGAGUUGAUCAGUCUGAAAUACUUUACCAGGCAAUGGAUAUCAUAAGACUAAAUAAACUUGAAGAUACUAUUAUACUAAUUAAAGGAAAGAUUGAAGAAGUUUGCCUUCCUGUAGAAAAAGUAGAUGUUAUUAUAUCUGAGUGGAUGGGCUAUUUUCUUCUUUUUGAGUCUAUGUUAGAUUCUGUCCUUUAUGCGAAGAACAAAUACUUGGCAAAAGGAGGAUCAGUCUACCCUGAUAUUUGCACUAUCAGCCUUGUGGCAGUAAGUGAUAUGAAUAAACAUGCUGAUAGAAUUGCUUUUUGGGAUAAUGUUUAUGGCUUCAACAUGUCCUGUAUGAAGAAAGCAGUUAUUCCAGAAGCUGUUGUGGAAGUUUUAGAUCCGAAGACUCUUAUUUCAGAUGCUUGUAGUAUUAAGCAAAUAGAUUGCCAUACAACAUCUGUCUCAGCUUUGGAAUUUUCUUCGAAUUUUACCCUGCAAAUUACAAAGACAUCCAUGUGCACGGCAAUUGCUGGCUACUUUGAUAUAUAUUUUGAGAAGGAUUGUCACAGCAGGGUCGUGUUCUCCACGGGCCCCCAGAGUGCCAGAACACACUGGAAACAAACAAUAUUUCUAUUGGAAAAGCCAUUUUCAGUUAAAGCAGGUGAAGCCUUGAAAGGAAAGAUCACAGUCCACAAGAAUAAGAAAGAUCCACGUUCUCUCAUUGUGACCCUCACAUUGAAUAAUUCAACUCAAACUUAUGGUCUCCAGUGAAAAGACUACAAAAGCACAACUAACUUGUGGGUUUUAGUAUGGGGGUGGGUUAUGGGUAGGGGGUAGAAAGAGGGGGUUUUAUGUGAGCAUGUGGAUGGAUGAUGGAUCCUUUCCUAAUGAGUCUCCUCAAUACUAGAGACACAUGGUAGGAAUCUGAUAUAAUUCAGCUAAGGAAAGGAACAACAGAUCCUAGUGGACCACCUACAUAAUCACAGUCUUGGAAGUCUGGUCAGCAAGAUUUUACUAAAUGUAACCAUUAUAUUGAGUUUAACUAUACUGAAAAUCAUUUAAAUAGGCCUAAAUUUGAAACAGAGAUAGUCUUUUGUUGUUUUUAAUGUUUCUUACUAUAAAUUUUAAACACGAGUAACUGAUUAUUUGGAUAAUGUUUUAUUAAACUAGUAACUAUACACAAGCUAUUAUACAUUUUAUUGCAGAUUUCUACUCUGAGGAGUAGUUUUUAAUUGUAUUAUUUGCUAGAAUAUCAGAAUAUAAUUAAAGAACUGUUAGUAUACCUA